GCCCGAAACGGUUCAGAAACAAGUGCGAAUGGCGGCCGAGGUCCCGAUGGCGAGCGAGAGCGUCCUGGUCCUUGAUGCAACCUCCGACUUGCUUUCGAUCGCUCAGAGCGACAACCAAACGAGUCCACUGCCCAAGGAAGCGCCCGAACUGCCAAGUCUCGCAAAAGCGACGCCACCCCCGCCCCCCUCAUAGACCUUUAUCGCAUACCAAACGAGGUCGAGACAACCAGUGUCAAGGCGGUGGCGUUGACCAAGGUCAUGACGGUCGCAGUGCCAACCAAAGUGGAUGCCACGGCCGAUGCCGAGCCCACGGCGCCCGAAAAAACGAGUCCCAAGAAAAACCCCAUCGAUGUUGCCCCUGCACCGUCGGGGCCCUCCCGCAGCCGUCUCGACGAUGCCACCGACGCAUUGCGUAGCCUUCACUUCGACUCGUAUUAUGAAGACGACUCGGACGAGACGCCCCUGCUCGAGGCCAAAAGUGGUGCGACAGCAUCACCUGUCUACAACGACGCUGCGUCCGAGUGGGUCGUCUGCCAAACCGAGGCAGGGUACGCGUACUACUACAACACACGGACCCACGCGUCGCAGUGGGAAGCACCGAGCACGGACGACAAUGGCCGCGACGCCUUCUUUAGUGCGGUGACCGCGGGCGAUGUGAACGCGGCGACGCGGCUGCUCUUGCGUCAUGGGCGGCAACUGCUCGACGUAUCAGACCACAACGGCCGCACCGCCGUGUGGUAUGCCCUGGGGCACAUAAGCAUGGCGCAACUUCUCUUUGAGAGUGGUGCGAACUUGAAUCUCACGGACGUGGACGCCAAUGGCCUCGUGCACGUCGCGACGCGGCAGCGCAACGUUGCCUUUCUCGCGCUCCUCGCGGUCUACGGCGCGAACUUGGACCUCGUUGACGGUGCGCAGCAGACGGCGCUGCACAUUGCCGCAGCCUCUGGGUACCAGCGCUGCGUGGACGUGCUACUGCGGCACGGCGCGACGCCUGACGUGCUCGACUCGGCCGCCCGCUCGCCACUGCAGCUAAGCACUUUAGGCAACCAUGUGGCCUGCGUCCAGCUGCUUCAGAAAGCGUCGGCACAGCAAGCGCCGGUGGCCGACAUGGCUCUCCUCACACAGCGGGCGGCGCUGGAGCGCGAGGUGACCAUGGCGCACGCGCAGUUCGAUGAGCUGCAAGAACGCUACACGACGCUCGAGACAGCGCACCGCAUCGCCAACGCCCGCAUCGUCAUGCUGGAAGCGGUCGUCGACCGCUGCGAGAAGGACCUCGAUGCCGAGCGCGCGCUUUUGUGGCAAAAAGAACAAACGUUCAACGACGCCCAGCAAGCCCAGUACGCAACGCUCCAAGACCUCCAGCGCCAAGUCGACGACGUCGUUCAAGUCGCCGCCCGCUCCCGUUUGGAGGUGACCACAAUGGUCGAAAGCCACCUCCCAGUACGAGAGAGCGAGAGGUCCCUUUACGUCGAGGAAGGCGACGCGACGUCGUUGGGGCCAUCCGACGCGAUUGCCUUCGAUCAUGAUGAGGACGACGUCAAGGACGACGAGGCACCGAUUGCACCGGAGCGCGUGGGGGCCAUCUGGAGUGCCUUCUUCAACAACGCUGCCAAAGCUCGUGUCCAAGACGACAAUCCGUCCAAUGUAUUGGACGCGGUCUAUGACGGCGACCUCGUCACGUUGCAGUCGCUCCUCGUGCACGGCGCGUCACCCGAUCCGCGCAACGACGACGACCAGACGCCGCUGCACGUUGCAAGCGCGCAUGGUCGACUCGAAUGCGUCUCGCUUCUUUGCGAGUACAUGGCCGACAUGGAGGCGCGGGAUGCCCACGGCCACACGCCUUUAUUCCUCGCGAGUCGUCGCGGGCACUUGAGCAUUGUCAAGUUUCUUCUCGAGAGCGCGGCCGACGUUCGUACCGCCAACGACGAUGGCCGAACACUCGUGCACGCCGCGGCGCUCAGCGGCUCCCUGCCCUGCCUCCAUCUCGUGCUCGAGUACGGUGGCGACCCAUUUGCGGCCGAUCGCGACGGCGAAACACCGUACGAGAUGCUGCUCGAGCGAGGCGACGAGACGGCAGCGCCGUUGCUCGACUACUUGGACAGCCAGUGCUCGCUUCGCCAGCCGCCCCGUCCAACCUCGCCGACCGCGGCCGCGCCAGCGCAGCGCGCGGCUACGAGCAGCUAUGACAUGGACGAGGGGCAUGAAGCACCUCGGGAAGGCUGGCGAGGCUGGAUUCGUGGCAAGGCCACAUCGCUCUUAGGACUCGACAGAACAGCUGCAAGCGAAGACAAUGACCAAGCGGCUGCCGAGGCGCCGCUCUCGCCGCUCAAACCACCCACUGACGCCGAGGUCGCGAGCUCGAUGGCGUACCGUAAGCUCGUGCCGCCACGUCACGUCGAAGAAGCCAUGCAGCACCUCCAGUCGACUGCGCAGCACGCCACGUCGUCCAAGCGUGGUUUGCCCCGUGACGUCGCCCACGCACUCGAGCGACGCAGCUCGACCAACCAGUUUGCGCUCGCGACGGACGCCAAGUCGCUGCACCAAAAGCAAAAGAGCUCGGCGCGCUACGUCGACAUAACAUUUCACCCUUAAGCAUUGCCGUC